GUUUCCUCCUUCUCUCUAACAGUCUCAGGGAUUCGGUGGGAGCAACAGCCUCCUGCGUAAAGAGCCACAGGUUGUAACCCCCUUGCCCCACCUGGGGCAGAGCAUUUGAUUCCCAGCCUGUGGGCCAGCAGGGAGCCUGGGCCUGAAGUCACCCAGUUGUGCCUGGCUUCGCACAAGACCCCCUAGAAGAUGGGGGACUGGGGCUUCCUGGAGAAGCUGCUGGACCAGGUCCAGGAGCACUCAACAGUGAUUGGGAAGAUCUGGCUGACCGUGCUGUUCAUCUUCAGGAUCCUUAUCCUGGGCCUGGCCGGGGAAUCAGUAUGGGGGGACGAGCAGUCGGAUUUCCUGUGCAACACCAAGCAGCCGGGCUGUGUCAACGUGUGCUACGACAAGGCCUUCCCCAUCUCCCACAUCCGCUACUGGGUGCUGCAGUUCCUCUUCGUCAGCACCCCCACCCUGGUCUACCUGGGCCACGUCAUCUACCUCUCAGGGCGGGAGGAGAAGCUGAAGCAGCGGGAGAGCGAGCUCCGGGCGGCGCAGAUCAAAGACUUGAAGGUGGAGCAGGCUCUGGUGGUGGUGCAGAAGAAGAUGUCCAAGAUCUGCGUGGCGGAGGACGGCCACAUCAAGAUCCGUGGCUCCCUGAUGUGGACCUAUGUCAUCAGCGUGAUCUGCAAGAGCAUCUUCGAGGCUGGCUUCCUCUUAGGCCAGUGGUACCUGUAUGGUUUCUUCAUGCCACCCAUCUUCGUGUGUGAGAGGGCCCCCUGCCCCCACAAGGUGGACUGCUUUGUCUCCCGCCCCACUGAGAAGACUAUCUUCAUCAUCUUCAUGAUGGUGGUGGGCAUGAUCUCCCUGGGCCUCAACCUCCUGGAACUCUUCCACCUCUGCUGCAAGAACCUGCUCAGCAGCGUGAGGAAGGCCUCCUCCUCUCCCAGCCCAGCUGUGGACAUAGACUCCUUCCCAGACAGCAAGCAAUGCCAUUACCUCCCCCUGAGCGAGAGCCACUCCCCUCCCUACCUGGCCUACAACAAGCUGUCGAGCGAGCAGAACUGGGCCAACUUCAACACCGAGGAGAACCUGGCUCUGCGCAGUGGCAACAAGCCCUCCCCUGAGUCCUACGCCCCAGGAGCCCAGCCCCUGCAGGAGAGGCAGGCCAGCCGGCCUGGCAGCUCUGCUUCCAAGAAACAGUACGUCUAGGAGAGCACUGAAACCAAGCUGCUGUGUCUCGGGGGUAUCCUUUGGCCAUUGAACGAGGGGACACUCUGGUUCUUGGGCAUCUUGGCCAUAGGACCUGUUUGCUAUAGAGGCUUUAAAAACAAAACCAAACCCCAAAAGCUCCUGUUGGCGACCCACUUUGGUUAACUAGCAGGCACCUCCUGCUCUCCACUGUUCAUUGUGUGUCUGUGUAUUUAAAGUGUGGGUGCCGUAGAUGUGCUUUCAGGUAUGUGCACCUCUCUGCAGACUGGUCUUGCCAUAGGACGUGCACGUGGCUCAAUUGCAUGUUGCAUUGUAGCCAGCUGGCUGAAGUUUACAGGGUGUGAGGACCCUUCCUACCAUUCUGCUGGCAAAACGUACCUCAGGCUCCCUUAGGGAGGGUUAUUCUCUGGUGCCUUUGUCUGUACAAAAGACCCUAAGUAACCGAUGUCACGUGAUACCAAUACAUUCGCCUUUCUCCAGCUGCAGUCCCGGGAGAGCUGUUGCUUUCUUUUUUUAAACUGUGUAGACAUGGAAACCAAACAAAAUCCCUUCUUCAGCUACAGAAGCAUCUUCAGUGGAAAGCUGCCUGGGAUAUUAUGCAGCUUGCGUUCAAAUCCAAGGUGCUUUGCCUUGGGGUGGACCAGCGACUGCGUCUUUGGGGCAAUAUGUGGGGAAAUAUCCUUACUAUAACUAGGGGAGAUUUCCCUUUCCUGCUCAAUGGUUUCCAUCAGCUCUGAUCAGAGCUGUGCUUUGUAACCUAAACUCUAAAUCUCUCUAGCCAAGACCUUUAAUUCCGAACCGGUGGAGUUAAUCUGGCUCAGCCUAGGUCAACAAUUUGUCCUUCUAAAGGAGGCAGUGGGGGAAGCCUAUUUGCCUCUGAGAUCUUAGCAGCUGCAGGCGUUUGGCACCAGCCUAGAAAUUCCAUUGGGCAGCUUGCUGUAAGAAUUAAUGUGGGGUUGGGGGCACUGGAGUGCCAAUCAAAGCAGCUGGUCCUGCUCAUCGACCAAACAUCUCUUCUUCUGGGUCACCUGACAAAAUAAUCCCAACAUCUAGAUCUUGCCACACCAAGUUGAAUGACUCAGUAGCUUAUCCGACCAAGCUGAGGUGCCUGCCCAGGGUGAGGAAACUCUGAUGCACUAAGGAAAGGACGUAUCACAGGACUUAACACCUACUCCCCUGAGUUCUGUUGCCCCAGAGCAAAGUUAUAAGCACUGUUCCCCAUGUAUGUUCAGAGUAACUUGCUGUCCAUGUGUUUAUAGGUGUAAGGGAUCCCCAUGGGUAGCUCCAGUAACAGCCCUGGUCCUCUGCCCCAGGUGGCCUCAUUUCUGAGGCACAGAUUUCCAUUGGUUAAUUUUUAUUUUUAUUUUUAACCUGCUGGUCUGACUUUAAAAGGACUGCGGCUUCAAAGCCCAGUAUUUGCCACUGGCUCUGUUAAGCUGUCGGUUGGCUCGUGCUAAGUGCGAGUGUUCACUUCCCAGCUGCUUUACAGGGAUCCCACUGUGUGCUCAAUUCUCCUGGGAAUGAGGGCCUUCAUGUGUGGAGUGUGAGCACAGGGCCUCUGCCGGAAUGGGGCUGCCCACAGAUUCAGCCAGGGUGGAGGGGAGCCUGGCUGUUGUAAGUGAAUUGCCCCAUUCAGAGACCUAGAACCACUUUGGGGGA